AAAGCAUUGAAAGUAUGUUUAUAAUUGAGUGCAUGUAAUGUGUUUGGAGUGUAGACUGAAAUAAGUGUUUAUUUGACAACAAAUAUGUCUGACUUAUGAAUUGUUAUGAGUUUUGAAAUAAAAUCAUUUAUUUAUUUAUUUAUUUGUUAAUUGUGUUGUGUUUGUGACCAUUAAGAGGAUGUCAUCCGAUGAAGACUACGAUACGGUGACGACCGGUCGCGAUGACGGCGAAAGACAUUCACGCAAUAGUAUGGCCUCCAGUCUGACAUCAAUAUUGUUCGGCAAUAUCGACGCCGACGGCAAUCUUGUCGACGAUAUCUUUGACGAGACAUCCAAAAGACACUUAUCGUCAAUCAAAUCACAUUUGUUAUCAUAUAUACCAUUCAAUGAUAUCGUAGAUGAAGACGACGAUUACGAAAGUGGAGCCGAAGAGAGUGACAGUACUCGAGAGUCGACCCCAAGAAAAACAGAGGACAAUGACUAUAAUACUAGUGAUAAUAAAGUGAAUGGUCUUAACAAUGAUGUCAAUGAUAGUAGUGGUCAACGACGACAAAGACGUAAUAGUAUUGACAGCAGUUAUGGUUCACAGAGUCAGUCAAACCAAUUGGACACAAAUGAUCGUAAAUCAGAUGACUACGAUUUUAGCAACAAAUCUCCGACUGCUGUCGACUAUUCGGAUAUUAAUGAAUUGGUAGACGUGAGCGCUGAUGAGGAAAAAUCAUUUGAAGAGUCACUCAAACUUUCGACACAAUUAUUUAAAACAAAGACUGACGAAGACGACGAUUAUGAUACACCCGAUGUCACGGAAGUCAAAGUGGACAGCGAUGGCUUUAAAAUACCCGAUAAAGCUAUUAGUUCUAUAAAGCGUGAAUUGCAAACUAAUCUGUCAGCUCUACAAUUAAAUAAUAUAAAUAAUUUAAAUAAUAAUAAUUUAAACAAUGCUAAUAACGAAUCAAAAGAAUUAUCAGAACAAAAAUCUAAAAAAUUGGACACUCCUUUGGCCGCAAUGUUGCCAACAAAAUAUGUCGAUCUCGAUGUUUCCGAACUAUUCCCCGAAUUUCGGUCGAACAAAGUUUUACGAUUUUCCCGUUUGUUUGGUCGCGGAAAACCAUCGAGUCUUCCACAGCUUUGGAAAGGAGUUAAAAAUAAGAGAAAAAGGAAAUUAUUUGAUACUUUAGUAAAUAGACGAUCGUCUGAAUCAGAUGACAGCUUAUCAGAUGAAGACUCUAAAUGGAAAUUUAAUUUCGCACCGACACCACCACCAGAAAUGAUUGAAGAGGAUGACGAAGAAAAGCUUAAGAGACCUCUUGAGCUUAAAAAUUAUAGCGGAAGACAAGAAAAUGACUCGAAAGAUGAAUCGAAUCAAAAUGUUGCCGAUUGGAGGUACGGACCGGCACAGUACUGGUACGACAAUUUGAAUGUACCAGAAAAUGGAGACGGUUUUGAUUAUGGGUUCAAAGUCGGCAAACAGGACACUUCAGAUGAUGAAGAAGCAUAUAAUGGUGACAAUGAAAAUAGUAUUGAUUCAGACGAUGCUUAUCAUAUGGUAACACAAGUGCAAUGGGAAAAUGACAUCAUUUGGAAUGGCGAUGAAAUAAAGUCCAAAGUUUUGGCCAAAUUGAACGAUAAGAAUCACGCGGCCGGUUGGGUACCGUCUGGUCUUAACAGAACAGCUUCGGCAUUCACUCAACAUUUACGUGGAAGUGUUCCGCCGACGCCGACAAUUAAUAAACCAAUUAUUGCGAGUAACAAAAAAGGGGAUAACAAAAAAAUUGAGAUUCAGGAACCACCCGACAAUACCUGGUAUUCUAUAUUUCCCGUUGAAAAUGAGGAAUUAGUUUAUGGAAAUUGGGAGGAAGAAGUAAUAUGGGAUCCGGAAAACAUUUACAAAGUACCGGAACCAAGAAUAUUGACUCUCGACCCCAACGAUGAAAAUAUUGUUCUCGAUAUUCCCGAUGAUAUCGACCCGAACGCUGAACCACAGAAAACAGCUAUAACUCCAAAAGAGAAGAAAGUGAUGGUCAAGAAAUCACGACUUAUUUUAGGCAAAGCUGGUGUUAUUGCUGAACCAGAGAUGGCGAGUCCACCAUCACCUAUAAAUGAAGAGAAAGAUCCUUUCAAUAUAUCAAACGAUGAAUACUAUAAUCCAAAACUGGCCACCGAUGCCGCUCUUAAAACCAAUGUUGGAGCUAAUCUUAUUCAGCACUCUAUUCCAGCUCUCGAAUUAAGACAACCGUUUUUUCCAACAUUUUUAAAUUAUCAAAGAUUACGUGCGUUUCAUAGACCAGCUCUUAAACGAUAUUCUCACGGAGCUAUAGCUGAUUCUUUACCACACGGUGUGGUUCCACUCCUUAAGCAUAUCAAACGAAAGGCGAAAAUGAGAGAACAGGAAAGGAUUGCCAGCGGUGGCGGAGAUAUGUUUUUUAUGAGAAAACCCGAUGACUUGACCGGUAAAGAUGGGGAACUCAUACUUUGUGAGUACUCGGAAGAGCACCCGCCACUUAUGAUGCAAGUGGGAAUGGCCACUAAAGUCAAAAAUUAUUAUAAACGGAAAUUAGGAAAGGACCCGGGUCCUCCUGUAUAUAAAUAUGGAGAAAAAGCAUACUUUUCGAAAUCACCAUUUCUCGGCAAUUUAUCUCCGGGACAAUCACAACAAACACUAGAAAACCAUUUAUUCAGAGCUCCUAUAUAUGAACACCAAUUACCAGAAACAGAUUUUCUUAUCAUAAGAACCAGAGAAAGUUACCACAUUCGUGAAGUGGAAACCAUUUAUACUGUCGGUCAAGAAUUACCUCUUUAUGAAGUUCCCGGACCUAACUCUAAAAAAUCUAAUAAUUUUAUUCGUGACUUUUUACAAGUAUUUAUCUAUCGGUUAUUUUGGAAGAGCACAGACACUCCUCGUAGGAUUAAAAUGGAGGACAUAAAGAAAGCGUUUCCUUCACAUUCAGAAAGUUCAAUACGUAAACGUCUUAAGCUAUGUGCAGACUUUAAAAGAACAGGUAUGGAUUCCAAUUGGUGGGUAUUAAAACCAGAGUUUAGAUUACCAUCAGAAGAUGAGAUACGGGCUGUAGUGUCUCCAGAGGCUUGUUGUGCCUACUAUUCAAUGAUAGCGGCCGAACAAAGACUUAAAGACGCCGGUUAUGGCGAAAAGUUUAUGUUUGCACCCGAAGAUAAUGAUGAUGAAGACGUUCAAAUCAAAAUGGAUGACGAAGUGAAGGCCGCACCUUGGAAUACAACCCGUGCUUUCAUAGCUGCUAUGAAUAAAAAAUGUUUAUUACAGUUGGUUGGAGUGGCCGAUCCUACCGGUUGUGGGGAAGGCUUUUCUUAUGUCAGAAUUCCUAAUAAACCACAACAAACAAAGGAAGACAAUCAGAAAGAGGCAGCGCCUAAAAAGACAGUUACGGGAACUGAUGCCGAUCUCAGAAGAUUACCAUUAAAUAAGGCCAAACAGCUGUUGAGAAAUUCGGGUAUUUCUGAUGAAUUUAUAAAGAAGUUGUCGCGUUGGGAAGUGAUAGAUGUUGUGAGGACACUAUCCACAGAACAGGCCAAACAACAGGGCGAGGAAACGGGUGAUGUCAUGAGUAAGUUUGCCCGCGGAAACAGAUUUAGUAUUGCAGAACAUCAGGAAAGAUAUCUGGAAGAAUGUCAACGAGUAUUUGAACUCCAAAACCGUAUUCUUUCUUCAAGAGAGGAGUUAUCUACAGAUGAAGAUGAAAGUGAAGAAGAAGACUCAGAUAUCGAAGAAAUGGGCAAAAAUAUAGAGUCAAUGUUAGCCAACAAAAAGACUAGUCAUGAUCUCAGACGUGAGAGAGAAGAAGCUGAAAGACGAGAACUCAAGAAACUUAUUAUGGGUGAGGAGUCCAAUCAAGGAGAGCCGUCAUCCAAAAGGAAAAAGCUGGACAAUCGUGACGAUGACACCGAUGAUGCCGUUAGUCUGAGCUCACAGGCCGGUCGUAUACUUAAAAUAUAUCGAACUUUUGUUAACGCCGAAGGAAAAGAGUACGUCCGCAUUGAGACUGUCCGCAAACCAGCAGUUAUUGAUACAUAUGUUCGCAUUCGCACCACAAAAGACGAUACAUUUAUUAAACAAUUUGCCACUGCUUUGGAUGACCAACAGAAAGAAGAAAUUCGACGCGAAAGACGACGAAUACAGGAACAGUUAAGACGAUUAAAGCGUAAUCAGGAAAAAGAUAAAUUAGCUAAUAGUUUACGACAACAAAUGGGUAUACAAACGAAUACCAAUGAAUUUUCAACUAUUUUUUCGUCUCCCACUACACCCACUGUAACACCAACUAAAUCACCGAAAGAGCCGAAGAUUAAGAGAAUUAAGAAAGAAAAAGAACUGAAUGUUAAACUUAAAUGUGGAGCCUGUGGUGCAGUCGGACACAUGAGAACCAACAGAGCCUGUCCUUUGUUUAAGGGCACUGAUAUUGUACCUCCAGUUCAGGUGGCGAUGACUGAUGAACAACUAGAAGAAGAAGAAAGACUUGUAUUAAAUGAAGACCAUUUGGUUAAAGUGGAUGAAACAAAAGUGGUUCUCUCGAAAUCACUUAUUAAACAUAUGGACGAAGUUAAGAGUAAGGCGUUAAAACUGAAAAUACCUAAACAAGCGUUGGCUAUGAAACGCAAACGACGGGUCGGUACUGCUGACCACUGCGAUUAUCUACAAAAACCUGAUUAUAAAUCUGCGAAUCGGCGACGAACUGAUCCAUUGGUAACUUUGUCGGGCAUUUUAGAAGAGAUACUCAACGAAAUGCGAGACUUACCCGACACAACAUUGUUUCAUUGUCCGGUCAACGCUAAGAUGGUUCCCGAUUAUUAUAAAUUAAUCCAAAAUCCAAUGGAUUUGCAAACAAUGCGGAGUAAGAUUCGCGAGAAGAAGUAUACCUGUAGGGAUGACUUUCUUCAAAAUGUUAAUCAAAUUAUUGAAAACUCUAAACUUUAUAACGGAAUAAAUCAUGCAUUGACUGCAACCUCACAGAAAAUGAUGGAUUUGUGUCUCAAGAGGUUUAAAGACAUGGAAGAAAAGUUAAUGCGAAUCGAAAAGGCUAUCAAUCCAUUGCUCGACGAUAACGAUCAGGUCGCCUUAUCUUAUAUUCUCGAGACAAUUAUUGAACAAAAACUAAAGACAAUACCCGAGUCGUGGCCUUUUCAUAAACCGGUUGACAAGAAAUUUGUUAAAAACUAUUAUGAAGUGAUUGAAACUCCAAUUUCAUUGGAAGCGAUAGAAAAGUCAAUAAAACAACAUAAAUAUCAAUCACGUACUCAAUUCUUAGACGACAUUGAGCUUAUGUUUCGUAAUAGUGAGCGAUAUAACGGAGCCGACAGUCAAUUCACAAAAAAGGCAAAAGAAAUACUGGAAACGGCAAAGGAAUACAUUAAUGUUUACGACGAACAGCUCAUAGUUUAUGAACAGGCAAUCAUUGACGCAAAAGAGAGAGCUCUCGAUGACGCAGACAAUGAUUCUGUUGUUACCGGUAUGUCUAAAGACGGCGCUGAAGAUAUGUCUUCAACUCGUCCACCUUCUUCAGCAGCACUUAGUUUUGGUGAUAGAGAAGGAGAUAAUGCUUUUGAUGAUUUUGAUGAGAACAGUGAGUCUAAUAUUAUGGAUACUAAAGAGCCCCGAAGCUCUUUGGCUAAUGACCUGGACAUGAGUCCAGAUAAUAGUGAUAACGAGGAAAUGGAAAUCGUAGCGAAUGUUAACAAUAAUAAUGAUAACGAUGAAGAUGUUAUAGACGAGAGUUACGAUCCGUCAGAGUUUUUACUCGAAAGGUUUGCUCAGCCAAAGACAUCUCAAACCCAAAUGAAAAGCCAUCCAUAUUCUCAAUUGUCGCCAAACUUUUCAUCUUCGAUGCCAUUUUCAGUCAAACAUUCUUCGGCAGUAAAUAUAUCUCAAGAUUUAGCCGUUUCUGACGACUCAGACUCUGAUAAUAAUAAUAAUAAUAAUAAUACUAAUAAUAACACUAAUAAUAAUAAUAAUAAUAAUAAUAAUAAUAAUAAUCAAUCAAACGAUAUGCAAACUACUGAUGAUCACAACGACGAAGACAAUGAUCUCUGGUUUUAA